AUGAGACAUCCAAGAGACUCUGAGGCCUGGAAAAGGUUUGAUUUGGAGCACUCUAACUUUGCAUCCGAUCCACGAAAUGUGCGUCUUGCAUUAGCUACCGAUGGCUUCAAUCCACAUGGAACUUUGAGUGCGAAUCAUAGUAUUUGGCCUGUCAUUCUCAUUCCGUAUAAUACUCCUCCAUGGACGUGUAUGAAAUCGACAUCAUUCAUAAUUUCAAUGAUUAUUCCUGGCAAGAAAAUGCCAGGAAACAACAUAGAUGUUUAUUUGCAACCUCUAAUAAAAGAGUUAAAGGAGUUAUGGGUUGAGGGUUGCGAUGCAUAUGAUGCUUUAACACAAUAAGUCUUUAAGUUGCACGCAGCUUUAUUGUGGACAAUUAGUGACUUUCCUGGGUUAGGGACUCUUUCUGGGUGGAAUACAUACACAGGACUUGCUUGCCCUUCUUGCAACUUCGAUAACAUCCCGCAUCGUCUCAAUCACAGCAAAAAGUAUUGUUUUAUGGGUCAUCAUCGCUUUCUGGAUCAGAGACACAAGUUUAGAUUAAAUACCGUUCAAUUUAAUGGAAGACAAGAAACAAGGCUUCCACCAAGAACAUUAUCUGGCAGUGAAAUACUUUCACAAGUUGAGUAUAUUAAUGUCACCUUUGGCCGAAGAGAAGAAAUAGGAAGAAGUGGUAAAAGAUUACGCACUGGUGGAACUGUUGAAGGAGGUGGUACUCAACAAUGGAAAAAGAAGAGUAUUUUUUUGAGUUGACAUAUUGGAAGUCUAAUUUGCUGCAUCACAAUCUCGAUAUGAUGCAUAUUGAGAAAAAUGUAUGUGACAACGUACUAUAUACUUUGUUAAAUGAUAGUUUGAAGUCAAAAGAUCACAUAAAUGCUCGAAGAGACCUUCAAGAAAUGGGUAUCAAGCUUGAUCUGUGGCCAAGGGAAAAUGGAAAGUUUCCUCCGGCUAUUUAUACUCUGAACAAAUUGGGUAAGAAGAGAUUCUUGACAACUUUGAAAAAUGUCACUGUUCCUGAUGGUUAUGCAAGCAACAUAUCAAGGUGCAUUGACCUAGAGUCUCUUAAGUUGAGUGGGAUGCUAAAAAGUCAUGAUUGUCAUAUACUUAUGGAGCAAUUAUUACCGUUAGCCAUGCGAACAGGUCUGCCUGAUGAGGUCUCUGCAGUGCUUAUUGAGAUGUGUUCAUUCUUUAGACAAUUAUGUGGUAAAGCGUUAAGUGCCCCCUAUUUGGAAAAGUUGCAAGAUCAAAUUAUCCUCACAUUAUGCCACAUGGAAAUAUUAUUCCCUCCUUCAUUCUUCACAGUUAUGGUUCACUUGAUGGUGCACCUUGUAGAAGAAGCUAAACUUGGAGGCCCUACCCAUUAUAGAUGGAUGUACCCUAUUGAGAGGUAUUUAGGACACUUGAAGUCAUAUGUACGUAACAAAGCACAACCAGAAGGAUCUAUAGCGCAAGGAUACUUAAUGGAAGAAAUUCUUACAUUUUGCAGUAGAAUAUUAAUAGCAAAUGAAAUACUUUCACAAGUUGAGUAUAUUAAUGUCACCUUUGGCCGAAGAGAAGAAAUAGGAAGAAGUGGUAAAAGAUUACGCACUGGUGGAACUGUUGAAGGAGGUGGUACUCAACAAUGGAAAAAGAAGAGCAUUUUUUUUGAGUUGCCAUAUUGGAAGUCUAAUUUGCUGCGUCACAAUCUCGAUAUGAUGCAUAUUGAGAAAAAUGUAUGUGACAACGUACUAUAUACUUUGUUAAAUGAUAGUUUGAAGUCAAAAGAUCACAUAAAUGCUCGAAGAGACCUUCAAGAAAUGGGUAUCAAGCCUGAUCUGUGGCCAAGGGAAAAUGGAAAGUUUCCUCCGGCUAUUUAUACUCUGAACAAAUUGGGUAAGAAGAGAUUCUUGACAACUUUGAAAAACGUCACUGUUCCUGAUGGUUAUGCAAGCAACAUAUCAAGGUGCAUUGACCUAGAGUCUCUUAAGUUGAGUGGGAUGCUAAAAAGUCAUGAUUGUCAUAUACUUAUGGAGCAAUUAUUACCGUUAGCCAUGCGAACAGGUCUGCCUGAUGAGGUCUCUGCAGUGCUUAUUGAGAUGUGUUCAUUCUUUAGACAAUUAUGUGGUAAAGCGUUAAGUGCCCCCUAUUUGGAAAAGUUGCAAGAUCAAAUUGUCCUCACAUUAUGCCACAUGGAAAUGUUAUUCCCUCCUUCAUUCUUCACAGUUAUGGUUCACUUGAUGGUGCACCUUGUAGAAGAAGCUAAACUUGGAGGCCCUAUCCAUUAUAGAUGGAUGUACCCUAUUGAGAGGUAUUUAGGACACUUGAAGUCAUAUGUACGUAACAAAGCACAACUAGAAGGAUCCAUAGCGCAAGGAUACUUAAUGGAAGAAAUUCUUACAUUUUGCUCCAGAUAUUUAGAGAACAUUGAGACUAGAUGGAAUCGACCUCGAAGAGUUGAUGAUGAACCAACCCAUGAAGAAUCAAAUCCUUGGUUAGAUACUUUGUUUCCUCAAGUAGGUAAACCAAUUGGUGUUUCCUCAUAUUUCACUUUAACAGCCAUCGAGAAGUUACAAGCUCAUAGACAUGUGUUAACUAAUUGCUCCAUAGUUGACAAAUAUCUCCAGGAGUUUAGAAAUAUUGUACGAAAGCAAUUAAGAAGUCGUACAAGGAAUACAUCAGAGAUAGACAAGAAAGUUCAUAGAGAGUUUGCAGAGUGGUUCUCUACCCGUAUUGUUCGAGAUCUUGAUAAAAUUGAAGAAUCUAAGAGAACGGUAUUUUUUAGUCUUGCCAAAGGGCCGAUUGACCAAGCAAGAAGAUUUUCUGCAUAUAAUGUCAAUGGAUACAAGUUUAGGACUGUAGAACGUGAAAAAGGUUUAAAAACUCAAAACAGUGGUAUUUUUGGGACAUUUGGAACAAGAAGCUACUCCCGCAAUAGUGAUCCCAACAUGAGGUUUGGAGCAGUUCCUUAUUAUGAAAAGUUAGUCGACAUCAUUGAACUUAAUUAUGAUGGUAUAUUCUUUGUAACCUUGUUUAAAUGUGAAUGGGCUAAUACCACAAACCCAAGGGCCAUGAAAGUAGAUAAGUUAGGUUUUACUUCUAUCAACUUUAGUAGAUUGAUACAUACCGGUGAGCAUGAGGAUGAUGAGCCAUAUAUUAAGGCUAACGAAGCUCAAAUGGUUUAUUACGUGGAGGAUGAGAAAGAAAAAGGUUGGAGCAUACCAAUUCAAGUAAAGCCAAGAGACUUAUAUGAUAUAGGCAAUGAGGAUGAAGACAUAAUUUAUGACAAUGUGGGUUAUCCAUCACAAGAUUUGGGACAAUUUUUUCAGAUAACAUUUCACAUGUACCAUUAGCAAGAUCAAUUAUAGACGAAGAAAGUUUAGAAUAAUGUAAGUCUUUAGUUGCAAAUCAUAGAGUGUUAUGUAUUGUUUUCUUUCAUAAUUUUAUGUUUUAUUACAUAUACUUGAUAGUUUGAUGUAGUAGUUUCUUGUUUCUUUAGUUGUUAGUUGAUUAAAUCAAGUACUAUUAUUUUAGUUUCAUUAUGUUAUUGAUAUAUUAAUCUU